AUGGGGGCGCGUCUGCUGCACCGCCCUCCCCCAGUGUCGCUCCCCGACGGCGUCUUCGAGUCGCGCGUGCGGGAGUUCGAAGGGCUCGCCUUUUCGGAGAUGAAGCGAUGGAUGAAUGGAAGUUGUGAGUCGAUGCGGCAAAUUGAGGCUCAGUUUUCCUCCUUUAAGAUCCAAGCCAUUGACGCUCACGUCGGGGAAGAAGAAAAAGAAGGCGGGCAAAUUGCCGGGGUUACCACUCCUCUCCGCCUUGUCGUUCGUGAGCUCGAUUGGCGGGUGUGGGGGUUCGAUGGGAGGGAUCACCUCCGCAUGGGGGAUCUCGGGGAGCCCAUCGGCCUCGCGGAAACCCCCCUUUCCGCGGGCGAAGACGCCCCCCUCCCGUUUCCGCGCGAUCUCUGGCAGGGGAUGCAAGUCUAUGUAGUGAAUUUCACCACCGCCACAAAGGGUUCUCGCGAGCUGCGUUGGUUUUACCCGUUUCUGUGCUUCAGUCGCUUCACGGUAGGGUACCCACGGGGCGGGGGGGAGGUUACGAUUUACGGCCCGCUUUUCCUCCAGCAGCUCUUUCUCGCCGUGGCGGGGUAUCGACGGGGUGGGGUGGGGUAUCGAACCCUCGCGCGCCGCGCUGGGAUGGAGGAGGGGUGGCUGCGGGAGAUCCUUCGCCCCUGCGUGAGGCGGGAUCGCCUGUUGGAGGAGUUCACCCUUAAAGAAACCGGGGAGGAGGGGGUGCGGAUGAAUUACGACUUUUGCCCAGUGGAGGAGGCAGGGAAGGGUGAGGGAGGGGUGGAGUUUUCUUAUGACAUUCCCCCUCCUCGCGUGUCCGCUGCCUCGGCGAUGAGCACGCGCAGGGGGGCGCCCCCGGAGUCGUGGGUGAGCGUCACCAGGGGGGUGGUGGUUCUCAUUAUGAAGGAAAUACGGGAGGCCUCUUCUGAGGACCUCCUAAGGCUUGCCAAGGGUCGCCUUUCCAAACACUUUGAACUCAACCGUAUGAUGUUCAAAAACGUGGUGGAGUCUCUGAUUGAGAACGAGAUAUUGGUCCGCAACAUGAGUGGGGCGAACGAGAUUGUCUUCCGGUACGCCGCGUAG